AUAACCCGUUCUUGCCUCAAACAAAUAGGCUGCAGCCGAAGGUGUCCCCGUCGGCAGUAUCAGGCCCUGCACAUCUCUUUAGGCUUGCUGGCAAGUGUUUCAGUUUUGUGGAGUCCACGUACAAGUAUGAGUUUUGUCCUUUCCAUAAUGUCACUCAGCAUGAGCAGACUUUUCGAUGGAAUGCAUAUAGUGGGAUUCUAGGAAUCUGGCACGAAUGGGAAAUCGACAACAACACAUUUGUUGGAAUGUGGAUGAGGGAAGGAGACUCAUGUGAAACGAAGAGCCGACAGACAAAGGUUCAUCUUGUUUGUGGGAAGAGCAAUAAAUUGGCUUAUGUGUCUGAGCCGAGUACUUGUGUUUACUCUCUGACAUUUGAGACUCCUCUCGUGUGCCAUCCCCACUCUCUUUUAGUUUAUCCAACUCUGACUGAAGCACUACAAAGGAAGUGGGAUGAAGCAGAGCAGCUUCUUUAUGAUGAACUAAUAACUGACCAGGGAUACAAAAAAAUACUGAAAGAGAUUUUUGAAGAAGCAGGACUUCUAAAAGCAACAGAAGAAACAGAAGUUGAGAAACAGAACAAGAAAAUAAGUCUGGAAUUUGAAACAGUGGAGAAGUGCAGUAAGGAAUACCAGCAACUUUCAAAAGAAAUAAAGAGACUUCAAGAUUUAUUAAGUCAGCAUGGUAUUGCAUACAAAGGAAAUUCUGCUGAAAAUACCAGUGUUGAACAUCGAAGUCACAAACUGGCAAUGGCAGUGACAACUGUUCUUAAUGGGUCAAAGGAUGAUGAGCACCUGCAUGGCGAUACAGGAAUCUGGAAUGAUACUGUGUGAAGAAACCUGGGUGGUAAACAGAAAGUUCAUACGGAAUGUCAUCACGUGUGUUAUGACACUAAGAUGA